CCCUCCCCAACCUGCCCCCCCCCCCCACUACAGCUUCAUAAACAGCCCAGCGUUUAGCUCAGUGUGCCAGUGCAGCUGCUGACUCGUACCGGAGUCUUCUACAGCUCAGAGAGACUGUCUUCCUUCUGGACAACUAACUCAAGAAACAGGCAUGUACGCCAAGAAGGGUGACGACCAGGGGCCACACAGAGGAAAGUCUUUUGACCCAUUUACCGGUGCUUAUGAGGAGAAGCAGAUCAGCCAUGAAGUUACGUUCAGUAAAUGUGAUGAGAACCAGGAAAACAGGAGCAUGUCUGCUGGAAGGCCCACCAGCUCAGACAAAGGCGUUGCGACUAUUAUAUUCUCACUGAAAAAUGAAGUCGGUGGUCUCGUCAAAGCACUCAGGCUUUUCCAGGAGAAACACGUCAACCUUGUUCAUAUUGAGUCCCGCAAGUCCAAACGAAGGAAUUCGGACUUUGAGAUCUUUGUGGAUUGUGCCACUGACCAUGAACAGCUCACGGAGUUGACUCAACUGCUGAGGAAGCAUACCGAUAUUGUUGAGAUCACGCCAUGCCAGGACUCCAAUUUACCGGAUGACGACAUGGCCCGUGUGCCCUGGUUUCCCAAGAAGAUCUCUGAUUUGGAUCUGUCAGCCAACAGGGUUUUGAUGUACGGCUCUGAAUUAGAUGCCGAUCAUCCGGGAUUCCAAGACAACAUUUACCGCAAAAGAAGAAAAUAUUUUGCGGAUUUGGCAAUGAGCUACAAAAUCGGCGAUCCUAUUCUCCGUAUCGACUUCACAGCGGAGGAGGUGCGUACCUGGGGCGUGGUGUUCAGGGAGCUAAACACGCUGUACCCCAGCCACGCAUGCAGGGAGUAUCUGAACAACCUCCCUCUGCUAACCAAGCACUGCAACUACAGCCAGGACAACAUCCCCCAGCUGGAGGACGUCUCACACUUCCUCAAGGAGCGUUCAGGCUUCAUCAUUCGGCCAGUAGCAGGGUACCUCUCCCCCAGAGACUUUCUAGCGGGUCUGGCCUUCAGAGUAUUCCACUGCACUCAGUAUGUCCGCCACAGCUCCGAGCCGUUGUAUACACCUGAACCAGACACCUGCCAUGAGCUGCUGGGACACGUUCCUCUGCUUGCUGAGCCCAGCUUCGCCCAGUUCUCUCAAGAACUUGGUUUGGCAUCGCUGGGAGCUUCAGAUGAUGCUGUACAGAAGCUAGCCACAUGUUAUUUCUUUACAGUGGAGUUUGGUCUAUGUAAGCAGGAUGGCAAGCUCAGGGCCUAUGGAGCUGGACUCCUCUCCUCCAUCAGUGAACUCAAGCAUGCUCUGUCUGGCAAGGCCAAUAUCCUUCCGUUUGACCCCGUGGUGACCUGUAACCAGGAGUGCAAAAUAACUACGUUUCAAGACGUUUACUUUGUUUCCGAGAGCUUUGAGGAAGCCAAGAACAAAAUGAGGGAGUUUGCAAAGACCAUUUGGCGUCCAUUCACGGUACGGUACGACCCGUACACCCAGAGCGUGGACAUCCUGAAGGACACCAACAGCAUCAAUGACAUGGUGAAAGACAUCCGGCAUGAACUGGACAUUGUAGAAGACGCCCUGAACCGACUCAAGACCUGAGAGUCUGAGGGUCAGAAGAGGCUAGCUGGGGUUGAAAGGUUUGGGGUGUGGACCAGUGGGUUGGGGCUGGGUGUACACAGGUGGGAGAUUAGAUGGGGAUGGGCGGUUGGUGAGAAGAAUUUCAUGAAACUAGGAUGCUGACUUUAAUCCAAGAUGGAUAGUUAGACUAAGCUGUAGUGAUUUGAUAAUCUUGAGUAGAGUUAUAAUCAUACAGCACUUAGUGCCUCCUUCAUGGGUCUGGCCUGUAAGCUGCAGAGUGCACUUUGCCUCAAGUUAGCCUUCCGUUCUGUCUUUCUGUACUUACACUUGCUAUUUUGAGUACAUGGUGUGGUACGCGGACGAAGUAUGGCCAAGUGCAGCCCACUAUAAGUAACCAAAUGUGGCACUCAAACGGUGAAAAUAUUCAGUGUGGAACGCUGGAGACUACUCUCGAUCACCGGUCUAUGUAGCGACAGCUACGGGACCACCAACGUUUUUUUACACUCUUGAAUAUUCAUUUAUUCAUUCAUUCAUUCAAACCUUUAUUUAACCAGGAUAAAAAAACUCCUUGAGAUUAAAAAUCUCUUUUACAAGAGUGUCCUGGGAAGUGGCAGCAGCACGGUUUCAAAUAGACACAGAGACACUUACAGUUAAAUACAUAGACACACUUUCACUCAUCAUAUUCAGACAACAACGUCAUC